AUGCCGUUCUCUCAUACUCAAGACAGCACCAGGCGCACAUCACCGACCCGCUUUCCUCCCCAAUGGUCCCGCAAACUUAGCGACCGCACUGGAGGGCUGUACAAGAAAGCAAACACACUGUUCCACUUGGAGCAGGCCAAGAUUGCUGUUCUUGUCAGCUCUGGGGAUUACUUUCAUGGCUAUCUGAGCCAUGGCCCCGCAGAUUGGCCGGAGCUGCAUCAGCUGGCGUCUUCGCACGGCAUCGCUCUGGCAACACCAGAUGACCUUGACACUGUGUCACAACGCUAUGCAAGCCGCUCACAGUCGGUAGUCUCGACGGGAAGCAGCAGUACUAUAACCGUUGACGCUGAGUUUGAUCCUGUCAUGCAACUCCUGUCGACGCUCGAGGAGGAGCCUGCGGCCCUCGCAAGCGCUUCGCUGCCAGGUAUCAGUUCCAACGCCAGCGCGCCUGUCUGGGUUCCCCCCUCUACUCCCGAAAGGGCUUCGAGGGCGCUGGAGAAGAAUACUCCCACUGCCCUGAUGAGCACAGAGCCUGUACCCAACAACAACUGCGCAACAAACCCAAGUGUCUGUCAAACAGCGGCCCCGGGUAGCCUCCCGGCAAACGGCAGCCCAGGCACACCGAAUCACGCUGCAAGCCAGGAACUCAGGACGUUUGGGGUGAUAAAAAGCAAGGUGCAAAAGAGACGGGCGAUGGGGAGCUCGAAGAACACGCAUGGGGUGACGAUCAGAACCCGUGGCUUUCGUGGGUCGAAGGGCAAACACUAA